CGCGGGAAGCCUGUGCGAGAUGGCGGUCGACACACAGACCGUGUAGGAAUCGUAGAGAUCUGCCGUGUUGCUUAACUUUUUGCCUUAUCUCAUCCCUGCUUCUGACGUGAGAUAUGGAAGGGGGCAAGCCGAACCUGACCCUGGUCUACCAGGCGGUCCAAGCCCUGUACCACGACCCGGACCCGGCCGGGAAGGAGCGAGCCUCGGUGUGGCUCGGGGAGCUCCAGAGAUCGAUGUAUGCGUGGGAGAUCUCAGAUCAGCUUCUGCAGCUCAAACAGGACGUUGAGUCGUGUUAUUUUGCUGCUCAAACAAUGAAGAUGAAGAUCCAGACAUCUUUCUACGAGCUUCCACCUGAGACCCACAAUGCACUGCGAGAAUCGCUACUGACCCACAUCCAGAACCUCAAAGACCUGUCGCCCAUCAUCGUCACACAGCUGGCUUUAGCCAUCGCAGAUCUGGCUCUUCAGAUGGCCUCGUGGAAAGGAUGCGUUCACACGCUGAUAGAAAAGUACAACAAUGACAUCAGCUCGAUGCCCUUCCUCAUAGAGAUUCUCACUGUGCUGCCGGAGGAAGUUCACAGUCGAUCUCUACGAAUCGGAGCCAAUCGUCGGACAGAGAUCAUCGAGGAUCUGGCGUAUUACUCCAGCACCGUGAUCACCGUGCUGACGUCUUGUGUGGAGAAGGCGGGUAACGAUGAGAAGAUGCUCAUCAAGGUCUUUCGUUGUUUGGGGAGCUGGUUCAACUUGGGAGUCCUUGACAGUAACUUCAUGGCCAGUAACCAGCUGCUCAUGGCCCUCUUCCAAGUCCUGCAGAGGGAUGAGACCUCCACCAACCUCCACGAGGCAGCGUCCGAUUGCGUCUGCUCGUCUCUCUACGCCAUCGAAAACGUGGAGACCAACAUGGCACUGGGUCUGCAGCUCUUUCAGGGCGUCCUGACGCUGGAGACGGCGUAUCACAUGGCUGUGGCUCGAGAAGACCUUGACAAAGUGCUGAACUACUGCAGGAUCUUUACCGAACUCUGCGAGACAUUUUUAGAGACGACAGUCAGGAGUCCAGGCCAGGGUAUGGGAGACCUGAGGACACUGGAGCUGCUGCUGAUCUGUGCAGGACACCCGCAAUAUGAGGUCGUGGAGAUCUCCUUUAACUUCUGGUACCGUCUUGGAGAACAUCUGUAUAAAAUAAAUGAUGCAGCUCUUCACACCAUCUUCAGACCAUACAUCCAGAGACUUCUGCACUGUUUGGCCCGACACUGUCAACUUGAGCCCGACCACGACGGAAUCCCAGAGGACACAGAUGAUUUUGGGGAGUUCAGGAUGAGAGUCUCUGACCUCGUUAAAGACGUCAUUUUUCUUGUUGGAUCCAUGGAGUGUUUCUCUCAGCUAUAUUCUACAUUAAAAGAAGGAAACCCUUCCUGGGAGGUGACGGAAGCUGUUCUCUUCAUCAUGUCCGCGAUCGCAAAAAGUGUUGAUCCAGAGAACAACCCAACGCUGUCCGAGGUGCUGCAGCAGGUGGUUCUUCUUCCAGAAACCGUCCACAUGGCCGUCCGUUUCACGAGCAUCGAGCUGGUCGGGGAGAUGAGCGAGGUCGUGGACCGGAACCCAAGAUUCCUCGACCCCGUGUUGAACUAUCUGAUGAAGGGCCUCAGGGAGAAGUGUCUGGCAUCGGCAGCAGCCAAGGCGAUCCACAACAUCUGUUCGGUGUGCAGAGAUCACAUGGCUCAGCACUUCCAGGGGCUGCUGGACAUCGCUCGGGCCCUCGACUCCUUCGUCCUGUCAACCGAGGCCGCUGUAGGACUUCUGAAAGGUACAGCUCUGGUCCUGGCCCGUCUUCCUCUGGAGAAGAUAGCAGAAUGCCUCAGUGACCUCUGUGCGGUGCAGGUCAUGGCUCUGAAGAAGCUUUUGGCUGAGAAGUCCACAAAUGGAAAGUCGGCUGAUCCGACCGUCUGGCUGGACCGGCUGGCGGUCAUCUUCAGACACACCAACCCCAUCGUGGAGAACGGGCAGACUCACCCCUGUCAGAAGGUCAUCCAGGAGAUCUGGCCCGUGCUGUCGGAGACUCUCAACGCUCACCAGGCUGACAACCGGAUCGUGGAGCGGUGCUGCCGCUGCCUCCGCUUCGCGGUGCGCUGCGUCGGAAAAGGCUCCGCCUCCUUGCUGCAGCCACUGGUCACUCAGAUGGUGAGUGUGUAUCAGUUGUAUCCACACUCCUGCUUCCUGUACCUGGGCAGCAUUCUGGUGGAUGAAUAUGGCAUGGAGGAGGGCUGCAGGCAGGGACUGCUUGAUAUGUUACAGGCUCUGUGUAUGCCGACGUUCCAGCUGCUGGAGCAGCCGAACGGCCUGAGGAACCACCCCGACACCGUGGACGACCUGUUCAGACUGGCCACCAGGUUUGUCCAGAGGAGUCCCAUAACUUUACUCAGCAGCAGCAUCAUCGUUCACAUCAUCCAGUGCGCCAUCGCCGCCGCCUCAUUGGACCACCGAGACGCCAACUGCAGCGUUAUGAAGUUUGUCCGGGACCUCGUUCACACCGGAGUCGCCAACGACCAUGAGGAGAACUUUGAGCUGAGGAAGCAGCUGAUUGGUCAGGCCAUGGAGCAGAACGGCCAGCAGCUCAUCACUCAGCUGAUGCACUCGUGUUGUUUCUGUCUGCCGCCGUACACGUUGCCGGACGUGGCCGAGGUGCUGUGGGAGGUCAUGGUGUUCGACAGGCCCACGUUCUGCCGCUGGCUAGAACACGCUCUGAAAGGCCUGCCGAAGGAGACGUCUGGAGGAGCCGUGAGCGUCACCCACAAGCAGCUGACGGACUUCCACAAGCAGGUCACCAGUGCUGAGGAGUGUAAACAGGUGUGUUGGGCCAUCAGAGAGUUCACCAGACUGUUCCGGUAGCUGCAACCUUCACACACACACCAGGUAACCACCACACACCAGGUUAAAUCUUUUGUUGACCAACAUUCAGAGGUGACGGCAAACAGCUGCGACUGCAGACGAGGACCCAAAGGGACGAGAUGAUGAAGAUGAGGAGGGACUUUGAAUGUGAAACGGGACAAAUAACUCUGAAGGACUGACAGAGUGAGUUCUCCACCCCGACCCCCACCUCACCUGACCACACCUGCAGCAGGUGUCAGGUGGGCGGGGUCGGGUGCACUGGUUUCAGGUGGGCGGGCUGUGCUCCGGCAGGUGGGCGGGGUCAAGAGGUCACUGAUCUUCAUCACUCAUCUAUUGUAGGACGUGCCUGGCCAACAGUUUUUAAGAGAAGAUUUAUUUUUGGGACUUUGGUCGUGAUGUUUCUGUCCGUGCCAAACCAAGAGCCACAAGAUUUCCCAUGAUGCUCUUGGCUGAGCGGCUGCCUGUAGAGGCGUAAUGCUGGAGGAUUUGGCGUCACCUUUGACCUUUUUAACUUUGGUUGACUUUUAGUUGUUUUUCCACAAAGUGAGACAGAGUGAACUCUGGGUAAUGAGACGGAGAGACUGACACCAUGACAUCAUCGGUGAUGUAGCCUUGUUGUAAACAAUAAACAAAAAACAACUGAAACAACAAA